UAUUAUUUUUUUUUUUGGAUUGUCGUUCACCUUGCGUUUUCUGUGAUAUAAUUUUUGUCCUGACGAAUUCAUUUCCGUAUUGCCUGGUUGGGUGGGGUUUCUUUAAAAUUGAGGUUUUUCCCUUUGAUUUGUUGAAUAUCCUGACUUCCCUUUGCUCUGGUUUGGAUUCGGAUUUGGAAGUCAUUCUUCUCGUCGAUGGAGCUGGGGUUUGUAAUCGAGGAGAUUGUUUUUAAGACACUAACCUAACACUGGUUCCUCGGCUUGUAUCUGGUUUGUUAAUCCCAUGGAAAUAUCAGUCCCGGUGCAGAAAACCGUUGUGCUCGAACCAUUUAUCAAGCUGGUGAAGCUUGUAGCAAGGGUUUUCUAUGAUAAUUAUACUACUGUAAGCGAUAAUCAGCAGAAAUCUGCAAGAAGUGACAGCAGAGGAACUGCCGUUGUGGUGCUUGAUGCGCUUACGAGACGGCAAUGGGUUAGAGAAGAAGACUUAGCAAAAGACUUGAGGUCGAACGCCAAGCAACUCCGAAAAAUAUUAAGAUACUUUGAAGAACAAAAAUUGGUCAUGCGUGUCCACAGGAAAGAGACUGCAAAGCGUGCGAAGAUGUAUAGUGCUGCAGUGGCUGCUACAACUGAUGGCCGAGCAGAGGACAAAGUGAAUUUCCACACGCACUCGUAUUGCUGUCUUGAUUAUCAACAGAUAUAUGAUAUGGUUCGUUGUAAGCUGGACCGGAUUAAAAAAAAACUCAAAGAUGAACUAGAAGAUAAGAAUACUGUUCAGGAGUAUGGCUGUCCUAACUGCCAAAGGAAAUAUAAUGCACUGGAUGCCCUGAGAUUAAUUUCUAUGGAAGACGAUUCUUUUCAUUGUGAAAACUGCAAUGGUGAACUUGUUGUGGAAUGUAAUAAGCUAACCUCCGAAGAAGUAGUAGAUGGAGGUGACAAUGCAAAGAGACGGCAGCGGGAAAAACUCAAAGUUUUGCUUCAGAAUGUAGAGGAUCGACUGGGACCUCUAAUGGAUCAAAUAAAUAGAGUAAAAGACCUACCGUUUCCGGGCGUUGAAUCUCUUCAUGCAUGGGAGGCUCGUGCUGCUAUGGCUGCCCGUGCAAAUGGUGAUCUUAACCCUAAUGAUCCUUCGAGGACACAGGGUGGAUAUGGUUCAACACCAAUGCCAUUUCUCGGAGAGACGAAGGUUGAGGUUAACCUUGGUGAAGGAAAAGAAGAUGUCAAAUCUGAAGGUGGAGAUUCUAGUCAGAAAAUCUUGCCUCCAUGGAUGAUCAAGGAAGGAAUGAAGCUGACCGAGGAACAAAGAGGAGAGAUGAGACAGGAAGCAAAGGUUGAUGGUGUCUCAGGAGGAGCAUCAAAACUCUCAGAUGACAAGAAGUCAGCCAUGGGAAAUGGCGAUGAUAAAGAUUUGAAGGAUGAGUAUCUCAAAGCUUACUACGCCGCUCUAUUGAAGCAGCAAGAGGUAGCUGAAAAGCCAACUCAGCAAGAAUCCGCAGGCGUAUCAACUUCUGACAGUCUGUUGGCUACUACAUCGUCAGAUCGUCAGGUUGGUAUGAAGUCCAAACGUGAAGAGGAAGAUGAAGAGGAUGUUGAAUGGGAAGAAGAGGCUCCUGUUGCAGCAAAUGGAGACUACAAGGUGGACUUGAAUGUGGAAGCAAAUGAAGAAGAAGAAGAAGAAGACGACGUCGAGUGGGAAGAAGGCUGAAAGCAAAUGGAUCAACCAUUGAUCAUAGACCUCGUUCUCUGCUCCGUUGUGGUCGUGGAGCUCUUCUUCAUAUUCUUCUGAAAAGCAUUCGCUAACAUCGGAUCUGAGCUCUUCAUCCUCUGCUCCGUCGUCGUUUGGAGUUUCAAGCUUUUCUCUGAUUCUGAUGGUUUUCGCAGCGUUUGUUUUGGUUUUUGUAUUCCUCCUAGACAUCUAACCCAAAAAGCUAGCGUCCUUAUAUUACAGGUGAAGUCUCUGUUUAUUUUAAAACUCUUUGGAUGCUCUCAUUAAGAGUUUUGUCUUGUGAGACUUUAGACUGUGAACUGUGUUUGUUUUGUAGACCGAUGAAUAAUUGGAUUAACGGAAUAAUUGCAACAUU